AUGAAUGCUCUGGACGAAGAUGAAGCGAAGAGGCUGCAUGACUCCCAACUUGGAAGGCUCCUAAAGACGAUGGAGAAGCCUUCAUUUUCUGGGAGCUUUGGCUAUUACAUGCUCGCUCGGCUUUUGCGUGUGAAGAAGAAGCAUGAGUUAUGGUUUUUAUUUGCUGGUCGCCCAAUAAGAUUUUCUCUUCGAGAGUUUGCUCUAGUUACAGAGCUUGAGUGUGAGAAAUUUGUUCAGACGAGAAAGAUUAAAAAUCUUGUGGCCCAGAAACCGUACUGGCCUGAGCUCUUUGGGUUACUCAAGUCAUGCACAGUUGACUCCGUCAUCCACAUGCGCCAGAAAAGAAAAAUUUCCGACAAGGAGAAGAGAAUCAAAUGCGUCUGCCUCGCUGUUACUGCCUCUGUUCUGGUUCCUACCUCACAUGUUACAAAGAUUGUUCCCGAACAUGUCGAGCUCAUAAGGGACAUAGAUGCAUUUCUUUCAUAUCCUUCGGGUAGAGUUGGGUUUGAUUUGCUUGUCCCUAGCAUCAAAUCCAAAGAUGAAUUGGAACUCUCGCAGAAGACAAUCCCCGUAAAAGGAUUUUUUUAUGCGAUCCAGCUUGUAAUGAUGGCUGCGGUGCCAACGCUUACCGAGGUAGUUCAAGCUCCAUCCGGUGAGUCUGAUAGUGACUAUGAAGAUGAAUGUGACACUGCCGCUGAUGUAUCCACCAGACAAGAGGCCAAUCUCAGUGGCGAUGCCUCUGAUAUGGCUGAAAGAGCAACAUCUUCCGGCGUUGUGAAAAUGAUGCUUAGCCCCAGCCAUGCACGGGAGAUCGACGAAGAUGAGAAGACAUUGAUUUAUUCCAUUAUCCCUACUGACGAGGUCUGUGCUAUCGAAGGGAUGGACUUACGUUGGGCUGACGAAGUUGGUGAUGAGUCCGUAGAUGUUAUGGUCAAGCUUAUCAGCGAAGGUUAUCGUUUUUCCACUGAUAUGUUCACGGGUGGUCUUACAACUGCUGACUUGGUUCGUAUGCGAACUGAUAAGGCUCAGAAAGAGAAAGAAGCUAAAGACAAGAAGAAAAAAGACAAAACAGGCGACUGUUCAUCCUUCUUUGCUACGGUUGAUCAGGAAGGGAUCGCUGAGCUGGCACCUAACUCGGCGGAACUUGGUGAUCCUCCUACACGACAAUGCGUUCCUGAGUCUGAUAAUCAGCAUCAAGCACCUUCAAUCCAUUCUUCAGGCGUGAAGUCAGGUGUUUACAAUGUUCCCAAUCCGAAAACCUCUUUUAAUUGUGGCUCUCAUCCACCGCCCAAUCCUCUAUUUCAACCAACUGCAACUGUGCCGACACAUAUGCAAAAGGCUCCCUCCCUUGCCAUGAGUAAUGAAGAUUUCAUUCGCAGUUUAACUCAAUCUAUAAACGCCCAAGCCAAGGACUCUUCACCCUUCAGUUGUGGCUUCCCUGUUAAUCAUGUGUCACAAUCUCACCCGACCCCUCCGGAUUCAAACAUGGCAUCACAAGACUUACCAACCCAGCCGGCUGAGAUCGAUCCCAAACAUCCAUCUUGCAACGCCAUUGGGGGAAGCACGAAAGCGAUGGAUUUACUGUUGUCUGUAUCACCAUCCUUUUCUCUCGAUUUAACACAAGAUGAACAAUUUGUUGCCCAGAAGUCCGAUGACAUCAAUGACAACGUCUCCGACAAUGAUGAAGUUCUACCCCGCAAAAGCAAAAGAGUCAAGACCUCAUCUGUUGUUUACAAGGAUUAUCAAUGCGGUUUCAACCGUACAGCAGCUGCUAAGUGUGCAUUUUCAAUGCCAUGCGACCCCAACGUCAAUGAUAGUGCUCGGUUUAUGGAGCUGAAAGCCAAGCUUACCCACGACAAACGCCCAAUGGAGAUUUACGAGGGUGCAUCUGUUGUUACCGAAGAUGUCAUUGCCAUUGGCGAUCGAAUCCGUGUGCUUCAUUCUAAGACCGCUGUCAAAGAUCGGUCGAAGUUCAAAAUCCACGGAUCGCUGCUAUCGUACUUCGAGUCAGACAACCCGCGGCGCCCUCUUCCGAAGGCAAUGUACUUCUCCUUCAACUUUGACAAAAGACAUUGGGUUGGCGUAUGUGUGAACAUUCCUAGAGCUGCUAUUGUUGUCCUUGACUGCAACGUAUCUUUUCAUUCUGACAGUGCUCUCAAGCGUGACUUCAACCCCAUCUGCAAUAUGUUUCCUUUCAUUGUCAGAGCCGCAAGCACAAAAGCUUUGCGUGAUGAGAAACCAUUUUCCCUGGAAAGAGUUACGAGCAUUCCACAGAACGAGAUCAACUCAGAUUCAGCCGUCACCGCUGUUUUGCUUAUGCAGGCCCAUGCAAGUGCUAGAUUGGACGGGUGUCGAACCAUUACCCCUGAGGUACUGACGUCGGAGGCCUACAAGUUAGCUGUUAUGUUUUACGAUGAGUUCGGGCCGAGUCCGUAG